AUGAAUUGCCUUAAAAGGUUGAUAUUGGCAUCAUUAGUGCUAAUAUUCCAGUACACACAUGUAGUAUGCGCUUGGAAAGUACCCUUAUGGAAUAAAGAGAAUACAUCAAUAUCGCUUCCUAGUGAAGAACUUAUCUCAGAAGUAACACGAACGUCCUCGCCGAAGAGGCUAACCACGCAAACACAAUCACCAUCACUGGACAUGAGAUUUGUGUCAUACACAGUUCGUUAUAAACAAGGUACGAAAAUUCUAACUAGUUUAGAACCGGGCCUAUAUAAAACACAUCAUAUUACAAGAAUAACGACCGUAGAUGCAAAUUAUUGGAGGACUAGAGUUCUAAAAGAAGGUGAAGAAUUACUUACAGACGAAUCAACUGUAUCUUCAGAUGAAGAGUUAACAACAGUAGCAGAAAAAAUUUCCCCUAUUUCAGAAGUUAGAGAAAAAAAUCAACGACAGACAGAAGAUCCUGUACCAUCUCUUAUACCAACAUCUACCAGAACAACUCAUAGGCAAAAGGGUAGGACUAGAACUGUUAAAUAUAGAGGACAGACUCUUACUGCAUAUCAAUCCGAAGGUGAAGAUGAUAAGGCCUUUGCUGCAAGGCUCAUAAAGGCCAGGAAGAUUAAAAAAAUUGCAAAUAAUAGACCCCAAAGUAAAAUAUCCGAAGUCGUUGUUGUGAAUACAUCCAAAACUGGCACACCUUCGAAUAAAAGAAUGAUAGACGAUUACUUAGAAUCAUCUUUGACGAAGAAGAGAACAGAAUCAGUGAUACUAAAUAUACCUACAACAAAAAGUGCAGUUACUGAACGUUCAAAAUCGAGGAAGUUUAUACGUACCCCGAUAAGAAGCACUUCAAAAGGGAAAACUAAAAGUACUGCUAAUGCUCUUCAGGGAAAACUCUUCUCAUCUCGAAGUUCAGUUUCCACCACAAUGGAGCAUGCACUGAAGUCCACUUCGCAUUUAAUAAAGGAUCUAAUCAGAGAAAAAAAAGAACACUCUUUGAGAUCAUCCACCAUUAAGUCGUUAACUGUACCUUAUAUGAGGGCUCGUACAUUAAAUGAUUUAACGUUGUCUAAUAUCCUAAUGCGCCCAGAUAUUGAAGGUGGUUUACAUGCUUUAGACCGAGAAAAUGGACAGCUAUUGUGGUCUAUAGAAGCAGAACAAUUUCAGCCUUUGCUCGAUGUCGUAGAGCCGUCCAGAUCUACUAUUAAUGAAACCUUGAUUGUGGAGCCAUAUGGCGAUGGGAACAUUUACUAUUUUAAUGUCCACCAAGGUCUACAAAAAAUCCCGGUAACGAUCAGACAGCUAAUUUUAACUUCUCCAAUGCAUCUGAAAACUAAUAUUGUCAUUGACGAUAUGGGUACAAUUAAAGAAGACGAAAAGAUUUAUACUGGUUCAAGAAAAACAAUAAUGUAUACCAUCGAUGCAAGAAAUGGUGAAAUCAUUUCCGCUUAUGGCCCUGGCACCGCCAAUAAAGUCUUUAGAAAGGAUAAACGUGCCUCUUGCGUCGAUGAACAUGGUGAAAAGACUUCUACUAAUAAAUAUUGUAAGAACGUUAUUGUUAUUGGUAAAACUAUUUAUCAAUUAGGUAUUCAUUCUCUUGAUGGCACUGAGUAUAAUAUUACUUAUGCAUCAUGGCAAGCAAAUUCCUUAGAUGUCCAUUUGAAUUCGGAGAACAAACUAUCAAAAGAUGGUAUUUUCAUCGCUCCAUUUAGAGAUAAAUCACUUCUAGCUGUUGACGCUGAUUUUAAUAUCGCGAGAUGGAUUUCUCCUAAUUUCCCCGGAAUCAUUGUUGGGAUUUUCGACGUGUUUGUCGAUGACCAACUUGGUGAAAAUGUGCUGGUACCUCAUCCGUUCAAUUCAUUCGAAGAUACAGAUUUCAAUGCUACUGAAAAACUUUAUUUAGAUCAAACGAAAAAUCAUUCCUGGUUUGCACUAUCUUAUGAACACUUUCCCUCAUUGGUAAGAGCCGCUCCAAUAUCAAAAUAUGAGACGAGCCCCAAGUGGAGAGUAUCAUCAAUAUUUGCAAAUGAAAACUUAUUUAAAACUGCUAUCGUUGGUGUCCAUAACCUCUUGUCUUCUAAUUAUGAACAAUUUAAUGAGAGGCCUGUACAUAUGGUUGAAGCACAAGAACCACAAACUAGAAAAGCUUUACAAUUAGAUUCAUCAUCGAAUGACAUAAGAAUUCCGCCAGAAAAUAAGGAACCAGAUACCGUUUUAUCUCGAGAAGAAUUAGAAGAAUAUAGAGUCAGAAUGCAAGAAGAAAUCACAAAAGAAAUAAUGGACAAGUACGAUUUCUCCCUAGUAUUCGUAGUAGGCAGGUUUAUUUACAGAAUAUUGGAAAGCGGUCUAAUUUUACUAUCGUCUUUGUUUUUAUUAACUAUUCUUCAAAAACUGCAUCUUGCACCACCUCUUUAUGAUCUCCUAGCGAAAAUGGGAUUAUUGCCUACCCCAACAAACGAAAAAAUAGAGCUGAUACCAUCACCAGUAGAAGAAGAAAUAAAAGAAAUCGUGGAAACAAAGGUGAAUGUUGGUGCUCCACCGGAUGACCAUUUAAAUAUUGCUUUUGAACCUUCAACUACGUCUGCUGAAUAUUCUAUUAAUAGCGGUGAAGAAGGCUUUGAAUAUGUUGGAAAAUUAGCCUCGAACAACCCAACUACUGAGAAAAAGAAAAGAAAGAGGGGUUCCAGAGGUAGCAAAAAGAACAAACGUAAAGGACAAAGCUCAAAUGUUGAGGUGGAGAGACAACAGACUGCUGAAGAGCAACAAAUAAGUCAAAGUCAGGAAAUAGAUAUACAAGGAGUGGCAUCACCUGUUCCACAACGGCUAUCGUCACCCAUCCUUCCACGGAUCUCAUCACCGAUUCCAUCACGAGUCUCGUCACCUAUUCCACCACGAGCAUCGUCACCAGUACCAGGUCAAAUACGGAGUAUAGAUGGUAUUAAUUAUGAGCAUGUUCUAAAUAACCUGGAAGUGUCAAAUAAAAUUCUCGGAUAUGGUUCGUCUGGUACAGUCGUUUUCCAAGGUACAUUCCAAAAUAGACCUGUUGCCGUAAAAAGAAUGCUGAUCGAUUUUUGCGAUAUUGCUUCUCGAGAGAUCAAACUAUUAACUGAAAGUGAUGAUCAUAAAAAUGUCGUCAGAUACUAUUGCUCAGAAACAACUGAUAAAUUCUUGUAUAUUGCUUUAGAACUUUGUACAUCAACUUUACAAGAUUUGAUUGAGAUGAAAAACCCAACAGAUGAACUACGGAGAAUUCAGAAACUGCUGGAUCCAAUAGAUAUUUUAUCACAAAUUGGGGCUGGUGUAGCUCACCUUCAUUCUUUAAAAAUUAUCCACAGAGACAUCAAACCUCAGAACAUUCUUGUUGCGAUAUCGAAGAAAGCGGCCGCUAAAAAUCAGAAAGAUACCCAACAAGUAAGAGUCAUGAUAUCUGAUUUUGGUCUCUGUAAAAAAUUAGACGCUGAACAAUCAUCUUUCAGAACGAGCUUGAAUAACCCAACAGGUACUAGUGGUUGGAGAGCUCCUGAACUGCUUGAGGACACUGCUGGUCAGAUUCUGCAAACAUUAGAUGAAAAUAACGAGUUUCAUCUUGCCCACGGCAGUCAUCAUCAAAACAAUUCAAUCCUUUCGUCAGACUCAUUCUAUGAUCCAUUAACUAAGCAGCGACUAACUCGUGCAAUUGAUAUAUUUUCCAUGGGAUGUGUAUUUUAUUAUGUUUUAUCAAAGGGGAAUCAUCCAUUUGGUGCAAGAUAUAUCCGAGAGGGAAAUAUUAUUAAAGGACGCUAUGAUCUUCAUGGUUUGAAAAGCACGUUGAGAGAUCGUGCCCUAAGAGUAGAAGCGGCCGAUCUAAUAGAACAAAUGAUUUCAAAUGAUCCAAAACGUAGACCAUCAGCGUUUGCUGUCUUACAACAUCCAGUGUUCUGGUUGAGUGCUAAGAAAUUAGAAUUUUUAUUGAAAGUAAGCGAUCGAUUCGAAAUAGAAAGAAGAGACCCACCUAGUCCAUUGCUACUCAAACUGGAGUCACAUGCCCGAGUAGUUUUUCCUCAUGGUGACUGGAGUCACAACUUCGACAAAGCAUUCAUGGAUAACUUAGGUAAAUACAGGAAAUACUCUGCAUCUAAGUUGAUGGAUUUAUUAAGAGCGUUAAGAAAUAAAUAUCAUCAUUUCAUGGAUCUACCUCAAGAUUUAGCGCAAAUUAUGGGUCCAAUUCCGAAUGGGUUUUACAAAUACUUCAGUAGGAGAUUCCCAAAACUACUGAUGGAAGUAUAUCAUCUAACUAAAGAUGAAUUAUCAGAUGAUCUUAUGUUACAUGAAUUCUUCGAGUAA